CAAUUUUCCUUGGUUCUUUCCGAGUGCCUUAUGAGGAAAUCAAAAUGAUGAUAUUGGAAGUAGAUGAAACACAGCUGGCAGAGACCAUGAUUCAGAAUUUAAUAAAACAUCUUCCUGAACAAGAGCAACUGAAUACACUAUCCAAAUUGAAGAGUGAAUAUAAUAAUUUGUCUGAACCAGAGCAGUUUGGAAUUGUGAUGAGCAAUGUGAAGAGACUACAAACACGGCUCAGUGCUAUUCUCUUUAAGCUUCAGUUUGAGGAACAGGUGAACAACAUCAAACCUGACAUCAUGGCUGUCAGUGCUGCCUGUGAAGAGAUAAAGAAGAGCAAAAGCUUUCGCAAGUUGCUGGAGCUAGUGUUGCUAAUAGGAAACUACAUGAAUGCAGGUUCUCGGAAUGCACAGACCUUUGGAUUUAACCUCAGCUCUCUAUGUAAAUUAAAGGACACAAAGUCAGCAGAUCAGAAAACAACUUUGCUCCAUUUUCUGGUUGAAAUAUGUGAAGAGAAGUAUCCUGAUGUCCUGAAUUUUACUGAAGAUUUGCAGCAUUUAGACAAAGCUAGUAAAGUCUCAGCAGAAAACCUAGAGAAGAACCUGAAGCAGAUGGAAAGGCAGCUUCAACAGCUUGAGAAGGAUUUGAAGAUCUUUCCCCCUCCUGAUGAUAUCCAUGACAAGUUUGUGACAAAGAUGUCUAGCUUUGCAGUUUAUGCAAGAGAACAUUGCCAAAAACUUACCAGGAUGCAUGAGAACAUGGAGAAGCUCUAUCAAAAUGUGAUGGGAUACUAUGCUAUUGAUUUGAAAAAAGUUUCGGUGGAAGAAUUUUUAACCGACUUGAAUAACUUCAGGACAAUGUUCUUGCAAGCAGCCAAGGAGAAUAUAAGAAGAAAAGAAGCAGAGGAAAAACAGAGACGUGCUAGAAUAGCUAAGGAGAAAGCAGAAAAAGAAAAAUUAGAGAGGCAACAAAAGAAAAAGCGCUUGUUAGAAAUGAAAACAGAGGGUGAUGAGACAGGAGUGAUGGAUAGCCUGCUGGAGGCUUUGCAGUCAGGUGCUGCUUUCCGAGACCGGAGAAAACGGACACCAAGGCCUAAAGAUAUACUGCAAAAUCUCAGCCCAACCAAUCAGAGACCAGUUCUGAAACCUUGUAACCAUGAGAACCAGAAAGCACAUCUAGAAAAGUCGCAUUCAAACCACAGUAUCAGUUUCAACUUUACAAGGACUCCAAUCACCAAGGAGUUUAAUUAUGACAUGGAAGCUAAUACCUCUAUAGCAAGGAGCAAGGCUGUUGGAAGAAAGGAGGCCUACGAUGGAGAAAGCAACAGAGAAAAGGAAAUGGAGCUUGUUGGCUCUGCUUCCAAAGGAGAAGUUGUUCCUGAAGUAGAGGCUUUGCUGGCAAGAUUACGCGCAUUGUAAAUUAAUCCUAUAAAACUGAUUAAGCAAUCACUAAAGACAAGUUAUAAUAAGCUGCUACAUUUUUAAAAUACGCAUUUAUUUUUCAUGACUGACAUUUACACACUUCUAUAUUCCAAACUUCACAUACUUUAUAUCUAAAAUACAAAUGUGUAAUGCUUUGCCUAUGAAUUUGAGUCCAUGGUUUAUGCAUAACUAUAAGAAGGUUUGUACGUAUUUCUACCUACCGACAAUCUGUUCUAAUGUAUCUGGAGCAACAGAUGCUGAAUUACCCCAAGAAACAAUUAUUUUAGUAUCCAGACUUCUGAACACAAUGUUAUGAGAACUUUUCUCCACAACACACAAUACAUUUUUAAAUAGUUUUAAACCAUUAUGUUUGGUCAUUAUCUAGGACUAAUAAAAAGCUGCAGAACCAACCUGUAUAUUUUUCUGUUUUAUUUCUAUGUAUCACCUGCAGUAUAAUUUUUAGCACCUACGGAAGUUCAUUAUUGUAUCAUAUUAAAUGCUUAUGGAGGAAAAUGUAUACUAUGUAAAUUUCUCAUAGCCAUGUUUUAAUUCACUUUAAUCUAAAUAAGAACACCAAAGAAUGUUGAAUCGUUUAUGCAUUAGCUAAAUGGUAACAUGAACAGAAACUUACAUCUAUGCAAGAAAUGUAUUUUAUGUAUGACUGAUAUUUCAUUGCUGUUAAACUUUUUUGGAUGAUUGUAUAAAACCAAUGUACAAAAGUUCUAUGAAUACAAUGUUGCAAUUGUGCAUGUAGGAUAGAAGCUUCUUAUUUUAUAAGUAGCUACCAAAAUAAUUUUUCAUUAUUUUUGCGUGAGUAAACAUAAUAUUGCAAUAAUAAUAUAAAGAACACCUAAUGGCAGAGACUUCUACAAUUGGUUUUCAACAAACUCAUUUAGCAAUAGCAUGUACAAUCUCAUUUGCUGGCACAGGAGGAAUCUCACAGAUAAUUGCAUCUCCAUUUUGACACAAGUCAUUGUACACUGUUACAUGUACACUAACAUUUAUUAAUUGCACAUCACCAUGAAAAAAACUUGCUACCUAUACUAUCAACUUGGUAGCUACUAUUAGGACAUUUGGUCUUUAAUUUCAAGUACCUACUAAUCAGAAUGUAUUCAGUGACUAAUCUCUCUCUUCCAAAUACUCUUUUUUUCUUUAUAAAUGAGUCAGUUAAAUGAAACCAAUGUUUCAAAGCUCUGGUGCUUUUUAUUUACUUGUUUAAGUUGCCUUCUUAUU